AUGGCAGGCGCAGCGUUUCUCUUGGGCAAUGCUGAAGAGGUCGGAAAUAUCCAGGACGGAGUCGGAGCUGGUAUCGAUCUGUACAAGCUAUACACGGGUGACGGAUCAGCUGCCGCUGGAUGGCCAACCAAAGACCAGUGGGUGUCGUUCGAAGACAUGUUCAAUGCUAACAGAGCCAUGAUGAGAGCCUCAUGUGUCAAUCUGGGUGCAGAUUGCGGCGCCAACAACUCAGGUGAAGAAAUCGAUCAGAUCUGGAAUGCGAUUCAGUUUGUAGCUCACCUGGCAGGGGUCGAUCAUCGAUUCAUCCUGGCGGUGAUGCUACAGGAGUCUAAAGGCUGCGUGCGAGUCCGCACGACCGGCAGUGGACUUGCCAACCCUGGACUUAGGCAAAGCCAUAAUGGGCAGUACUCUUGCAAUCAAAAUUCUGUUGUCCUAAACCCAUGCCCUGGCUCACAUAUCUUCGGGAUGAUCCAUGAGGGUGUUAGAGGCACCAUGGACGGGGACGGCAUCGCUGGCGUUCUGAACAAAGUAGCUACCUGUGAUGAUGCAGGGCAGUACAUUUCAGGCAGUAUUCCCGAUGAGACUCGGCUUGAGAUUGCGGGAUUGUCGACGGCUUGCUAUGCCAGUGAUAUUGCCAAUCGACUGACUGGGUGGGUUGUGGCGCCGAGUCAGUGUCACUUCUGA